AUGCUUUUGGAGCUGUCUUAUGAGGCUUUAGAAUCGAGUGGGUACUUGACCUCUCAUCAGCGGAGCGCGGAAGACCCAGUUGCUUGCUUCAUCGGAGGCAGUCUGAACGAAUAUCUGGAAAAUACCGCCUGUCAUGCCCCGUCAGCAUAUACAGCUACGGGUACCAUCCGCGCCUUCAUGUGUGGCCGACUCAGCUAUUACUAUGGCUGGUCUGGUCCCGCUGAGGUCCUUGAUACUGCAUGCUCCUCGUCCUUGGUGGCCAUCCAUCGAGCGUGUCGCGCUAUUCAGGCAGGAGAGUGUACCAUGGCAAUAGCCGGUGGAGUAAGCGCACUCACCACGGCAGGCAAUUUCUUUGACUUGGGAAAAGCGGGAUUUCUUAGUCAAUCGGGCCAAUGUAAGCCUUUUGAUGCCGCUGCUGAUGGAUACUGUCGUUCUGAGGGCGCCGGGUUGGUCGUUUUGAAGAAAUUGUCUGAUGCGGUCAGUGCUGGGGAUCACAUCUUUGGCGUUAUCCCUAGCAUUGCUACCAACCAAGGAGGAACUUCGACCACCCUCACGGUACCAUCACCAACAGCACUAAAGGCCCUUUAUAGAAGUCUUUUUGAGAAGUCAGGUCUCAAGCCCUCUCAAGUCACCUACGUGGAGGCUCAUGGAACGGGAACUCAGGCAGGAGACCCCAUCGAAAUGGAGAGCAUUCGGGCAUUACGGUGCUGGAGGAUCGAACUGCGCGCUGUUGUGCUGUGA